AUGGGGACAGUCAACGGUGGAACAAUUAUCAGCUUCACACCAACUCCUUCUUUACAUGCCGUAACCAGCCGAAUGCCUUCAAUGCCUUCGCAUCAUCAAACUGGUUGUUCUAACUUUACCUUUCAGUUAUCUUCAAUAGCAAAUUCUGCAAAGAAGAAUACAAAUUCAGCUGAAAGGCGAGCCAACCAUAAUGCCGUCGAACGGGCACGACGGGAAUGCCUAAACACCAAAUUUCAAGAGCUUGCCCACGCUCUCCCUUCCUUAGCGCAAGUUCGUAGACCAUCAAAGUCAAUAAUUGUGCAAAAAUCUCUAGAAUUUAUCUAUAAUGCCCGCAAAAAAGACGAAGAAAUGCGAAGUCUUCGCAAUGAAAAUGAUCAUUUACGAAAGGAGGUUAAUCGGCUAAGAGAUCGAUUAGGAUUGGAUCCUUUACCACCACUCGAAGAAUCUACAUCUCAACAAGCUGACGAAGAGAAGGAGGACGUUAAAAUUAGCAGCAGUAAAAAUUCAAAUACACCAGAGAUAAAGAUCGAAGCUGAUAAUAACACCCCCACCAUUUCCAAUGCGCAAGAGUCAUCAAGUUCCAUUGACAUUCAAGUUAAGAACGAAGGAUCCCGUUCUGACGAUGAUUACAGUAAUGAGGAUGAUUACGACAUGGAGACAACAGAAAUGAUAGACAAGAGUCUGUACUUGCUCGACCCAGGUCUAAAUCAACACAGCUAUCCAACAUCAGGUUUUGGCUUCGCAAUGGAUAUGUCACCUAUAGAUCAACAAAUUGUCGACCCAAAUUCCUUACAUCUACAAUUUGACGAUGACAUGAGUGCUUAUUGCGAUACAUUUUCGUUACAACCAGAAUAUUAUCCAUCACCUCCAUAUGAAGCAAAUUUGUUGGAAUUAGCAAAUCACAUGCCAUAUUCUCUGUCACCGGAUAAUUCACAUAAUCUUUAG